AUGAAAAUUCAGCAGCGCGGAUUGGCACUGGUUGAUCAAAAGAGACAUGGGAAAACACACGGUUUCAAUUCCUUAACAGUGUUCAUAUGUUCCUCUUCAAAUCCAAAGAUAUCGGUUGUUGAUUCGAAGAUUGGAAUAUUCCUAGAAUUUCGGAAGCUGUUGCUUAUCGUUGGACCAAUUACUGCUGGAGAAGUUUUUGUGUUUUUCGUGGCAUACCAACUGUGCAGUCAGCUUAUGGCUACUGCUCGAUCAAUGGGUCAAGCUUUAUAUUCGGUUGUUUAUGUUACCGUUCCAAAUUCAACCGUUGCACAACAAAUUGCUAGAGAAGUUGUGAAGGGGAAGUAUGCUGCUUGUGUCAAUAUCAUACCAACCAUUACUUCGAUAUAUGAAUGGGAGAAUAAGUUGGAAGAAGACAAAGAAUCGUUACUUAUUAUGAAAACAAAAUCAUCAGUGCUGGAUGCUCUGAAAGCAAAAGUACUCAGCAUGCAUCCGUAUAAAGUACCUGAAUUUAUCGCUCUACCGAUAGAAAGUGGCAGCGAAAGUUAUUUGCAGUGGAUCGAUAAGCAGGUCAAUUCAUGACCAAUGAUUCACAACUGUUACUCGCAAGGUGGAGAAUGGCCACUACUCAAUCAA